AAUGAACUGAAGUUUGACACGUCAGCCGAAGCACUCGGACACAUUUCGACGUUACACAAAUACACGUCCUCGCUCUCAGCAAAACAAUCUGCCGAUGUUAGCGGGUGAAGGCUAAAUAGGUUUCCAGAGGGUAGAGCUGGUUUGAUGCCCUCAGUGCCACAAUGGAGCUCUCUGACUCAGUCACACAUAAGAACGGGCGGCAGAGGAAGCACGUUGUCCCCCAGGGGGACAUGAGGGACGGGGACAGGGUUCUCAACACUACCCCUGACAUGGAGGUGGAGGGGGAGGCGCUCCACCGAGGAUCCGACGCGGAGGACAACGGACAUCCCAGGGUGCGGCCUGGGAUCAGAGGGGAGCUGGGGAACGUGUCUCUGCUACUCUUCCUUUAUGUCCUCCAGGGCAUCCCUCUGGGCCUGGCCGGGAGCAUCCCUCUCAUCCUGCAGAGUAAGAACGUCAGCUACAAGGACCAGGCCUUCUUCAGCUUUGUCUUCUGGCCCUUCAGUCUCAAGCUGCUGUGGGCCCCGCUGGUUGACUCUCUCUACCUGAGCCGGUUUGGACGCCGGAAGUCGUGGCUGGUGCCCACCCAAUACCUGCUGGGUCUCUUCAUGCUGUACCUGUCGGUUACCGUGGAUACGCUGCUGAAAAGUGACGAGGGGCGGGGCCCCGACGUGGUGACCCUGACGGCGGUGUUCUUCAUGCUGGCCUUUCUGGCAGCCACCCAGGACAUAGCAGUGGAUGGCUGGGCUCUGACCAUGCUGUCUCGGGAGAACGUGGGCUACGCCUCCACAUGUAACUCUGUGGGACAGACGGCUGGCUACUUCCUAGGCAACGUCCUCUUCCUGGCCCUGGAGUCAGCUGACUUCUGCAACAAAUACCUGAGAGCAGAGCCUAAAGAGACUGGUAUCGUUACACUUUCAGACUUCCUGUUUUUCUGGGGUGUGGUGUUCCUGGUGUCGACCACGCUGGUGGCCAUUAUGAAGAAGGAGAACGCCAGGGGACAGCACGGGAGGAAGAAGGUCCGGGAGGAGACGCAGAGCGUCAUGGAAACAUACAAACUGCUGCUCUCCAUCAUCAAGAUGCCUGCCGUGUUCACCUUCUGUAGCCUGCUGCUCACUGCUAAGAUAGGUUUCUCUGCAGCAGAUGCAGUGACCGGUCUGAAGCUGGUUGAGGCAGGUGUUCCUAAAGAGCAGCUGGCAUUACUGGCAGUCCCCAUGGUUCCACUGCAGAUACUACUACCUCUCAUCAUCAGUAAAUACACCGCGGGACCACGACCACUAGACGUUUUCUACAAGGCCUUUCCCUUCAGGUUGUUGAUAGGUCUGGGGUAUGCUGUGUUGGUGUGGUGGACUCCCAGUUUAAAGCAGGAAGGGGGAUUCCCUCUCUACUACUAUACUAUAGUCCUGUUCAGCUACGCACUGCAUCAGGUGGCGCUGUACAGCAUGUAUGUGGCCUGUAUGGCUUUCCAUGCUAAAGUGAGUGACCCAGUGAUCGGUGGGACCUACAUGACCCUGCUGAACACGGUCACCAACCUAGGGGGCAAUUGGCCCUCCACCCUGGCAUUGUGGAUGGUCGACCCACUCACCUCUAAGGAGUGCCAGGGAGCCGUCGGACAGAGCUGUGGCUCCUCAGAGGAGGCUGGGCUGUGUGUAAAGGAGGGCGGUGUGUGUGUGACGUCGUUGGAUGGUUACUAUGUGGAGUCGGUGGUGUGUGUGUUGAUAGGACUAACGUGGUGGGUGAGGCUAGGGAAGAGGAUGAGAAGGCUACAGGACAAGAGCCCUGCAGCUUGGAGGUGCAGGAUCGGCCAAUGACAACGUUCACCCAGCUCCUGACCUGCACAACCCCUUUCCUGACUCCAGCAAGGCCAAUCGCCAGACAGCUACAGUCUGAUAUAAAAGCUUCCUCUCUUAUCUUUUCCUCUCGCUCACUUUCAGUUGGUCUAUGUUGGUCUUUCUCUGUCCCUCACUGUCCCUCUCAGUCCCUCUCUCAACCUUCUCUGAUGACUCUUAUCAGUCUCCAUUCUUCCCAACCUUCUCUUUCUCUGUCCCUCACUGUCCCUCACUGUCCCUCUCAGUCCCUCUCUCAACCUUCUCUGAUGACUCUUAUCAGUCUCCAUUCUUCCCAACCUUCUCUGAUGACUCUUAUCAGUCUCCAUUCUUCCCACCCUUCUCUGAUGACUCUUAUCAGUCUCCAUUCUUCCCAACCUUCUCUGAUGACUCUUAUCCGUCUCCAUUCUUCCCAACCUUCUCUGAUGACUCUUAUCUGUCUCCAUUCUUCCCAACCUUCUCUGAUGACUCUUAUCCGUCUCCAUUCUUCCCAACCUUCUCUGAUGACUCUUAUCUGUCUCCAUUCUUCCCAACCUUCUCUGAUGACUCUUAUCAGUCUCCAUUCUUCCCACCCUUCUCUUUCUCUGCCCGGUGUGUGUACAUUGUCCUUCAGCACUUAUUUCUUUGAAAUACCUGUAGCUGUGGUCUGGCUACCACAUGACUAUGGACCAUAACAGUGAAUAACAACAGUCCACUUCCUGCUGUUGUACCAUCACGUCUUUCACCAGGACUUCUUCCUGCUGUUGUACCAUCACGUCUUUCACCAGGACUUCUGCCCCUUGAACUACGUUAUGUCCCAUUGGAAAGAAAACAAAGAAGGAACUAUUGUUCUUGCUAGGGAAUAUUUACAGUAGACAUUUACUCUGGGAAAUCGAUGAUCCUUCUUCUCGUACCACAUUCUCGGUUUCUUAAACUAUUUCAUUAGACUAGUCACUUUGUCGUUAUUUGUGCCUUUGCUAGGUUCUUCAGACGGUCAUUAUAAAGUUGGCUGAUAUUUGAAAAGACUUUAAUUAUCAAUGGUCAUCAAAAAGCGCACCACAUUAAAUGUUGAGAUGUCGGCCUGCUUGAUUAACAGGUCGAUUGUGUCUGCAGCAUGGAGUCAGAAAUGCCAACUGUAUUGUUGAUGGGAACCCAUAGCCCCUUUGUCAGAAAUGCCUAAACUAUAACAGUACUGUUUUAAUAGAUGUCUGUCAUUUUGGGGGAUGACAACAGUAUUUUCUCUAAACCAGCAAUGAGAGGUCAGAGGUUGUGUGAAAGGGACCAGUCAGGUCUGGAUCUGGGAUCACUUAUAAUGGUUCUGUUUUGGAUUUGUGUGAUAGAAAUGAUCAUUUUUCUGUGUAUUUGUUGAAAUGAGGGGGGGGGUCUCUGCUGUGUUCCACAUCAGGCUGCACAAAAAAACAAAAUUGAAUUGAAUUGA